AUGUUCCCUUACCUCGACCUCUCGCCGCUAUCGGAUGCGGAGGACGCAACAUGGAGAUCAAAGACGGGCUUCUAUUCUGAACACGACGAUGCUGUCAAAAUGCGAGCGAUGAAACUUCGCGAGACUUUGAGAAAAGAUGGCAGCAUCUUGCGAAAGGUCCUCGAGGCCAAACGUGGCUUUGGUCACGCAUGGUGUUUUUAUGAAGGCUUUAACAAACGACAGCAGCAUUGA